AUGUGCCGAUAUAUCGCCUGGCCCCAGAGCGUCACCGUGAGCUCGUCCUGUCGUGAAGAGUACACCCUAGCUGAGAGGGCCCAGGGCAGCCCGGCAGACGCAGCCCAGAGCAGCCAGAGCAGACUGGGGCUGAAGGAGCCCUCGCUGGCCAUCAACGAGCUGUUGGAGAAGAGCAGCAGGACGGGGGACACCAAAUAUUCCCUCCAUCCUUUACCCUCCGGCGUCUGGCCCAAGCACGGCGACCUGAUCCCCCUCCCUCGUCACCACGGCGCGCACACCAAAGGCAAGAAGGGGUCCAAGAGCGACCGCCUGGCGGAGCACAACAGCGAAAAGAACCGAGGCGAGACGGCCGGGCUGCUGCCCAAAUCCCCGCCGCCGCCGCCGCUGCCCGGGGCGGCCGCCGGCGCCACUGACCGCACACCGCAGAAGAGCAACAACCCGGACUCGCACGUGAACGUGGCCCCCCCGCAGCAGGGCGGCGACCCCGAGGGUCACCCCAACUCCAGACCCAGGGGUCAACCCCACGAGCCGCCAGCCCAAGGGCACCAACCUCCGCAGUCGGCAGCACGCCGGGACCCGCCUCACCGACGGCUGGACCCGGAGGAGAACCGCCCGGGGAAAUCCGCCCUCUAUCAGCCGGGCGUCGGUGGGGCAAGCCGGAACAACAGCCGCCCGUCGUCGGUCCUCUACAACCGCCGCUCCUCCAGCCUCCUCUACCAGUUGGACGUCCUGAAGCAAGAGUCUGACUUCACCCACGAGGCCAUCUGCAUGAGCGAGUGCCGCAAGGAGAAGGAGGAGAGAGAGUAUUACUGCUACAGUGAAUUCGCCGUCAACGGGAUAGUCCACGACAUGGACGUGGUGCGUAAGGGAGUGCGCCUCAUCACGCUGAUGGUGAGCAGCGACGGCUUCUACAAGAUGAGCCGUCUCUACAUGAGCCCCGACAGCUUCUUCUUCAAAGUCCGCCUGCUGGUCCUGGACACCUACAAGUGCAGCAAGCCCUGCCCCGACCUCAAACUCGGUAAGCGGCAGCACAGUAAACCCUUUAACCUCCUUUAA